CAACAACAACAACAACAUCAUCAUCAUCAUCAUCACCAACAAUCACACCAACAACAACAACAACAACAAUCACAACACCAACAAAGGUCAUCAAUUCAUCAUCAACAACCACCACAAUAUGGUAUAUAUUCAUCAUUACAACAACAACAAUUCCAAAAUGGUGGCAAUGGAUAUAGGGGUCAAAUCAACACAAAUGAUUUUUAUAUAAAUGAGCAACAACAAUUACAACAACAGCAGCAACAACAACACCACCACCAUCAACAACCACCACAACAUCACCAGCAACAACAACAUGCUCAAAAACCCUAUAUUACUAGUAUUCAUAAUGGUCAUCAAGUUGGAGUUUCUCAACAAACUCAUAUGGUACCUCAACAACAACAACAAACAACUAGUUUACAUCAUCAACACCCACAACAAAUUAGAGAAUUCCAACCAAAAAGAAAACCUCUUACCAAUAAUACUGUAUCUCAAUCCCCACCUCAACCUGUUAAUAUUAUAAAUAAUCAUACUCAAUACAAUAGCAACAACAACAACAACAACAAUAAUAAUAAUCAAUAUUAUUCAAGUUCACCACAACAAAAUAUAGGUUUAUCACCAAAUUCUUUGUCUCCAUCGAUGAUUCAACAACACCACCACCAUCAACAACAACAACACCACCACCAUCAUCAACAUCAUCAUCAACAACAACAUCACAAUCAACACCCUGUAGUUACAUUAUCAUCAUCACCAACCUCAUCAUCUUUGUCACAUUCACCAUCAACAAUUGUCACAUUAAAUAAUAAUAAUAGUAAUAGUAAUAUAAAUAGUAAUAUAACAAAUAAUGCCACUGGUAAUAACGGUGGUAUGAAUAAACCAGUAUCGAUUAAUUUGAACACUUCAACACAUUCAUCACCAAAUUCACAAUCAUCACCAAACACACCAAACUCUUUAUCCACACCAACACCAUUAAGCGCUUCUACUGUUGUGGCUAAUAAUAACAAUGGUAAUUUUAAUGAUAGUGCUAAUGGUAAUGGAUUAAAACCUGUAGAAAUUAACCAAACCCUAUCACCCUCUUCAACAAUUGUAGCAAACGCACCAGCUCCAAAUGUAGUUUUAUCGAACAAUUCAACAAAUAGUGUUGUUUCAUCUUCAUCACCACCACCAACAACUUCAUCUCCAUCAUCAUUGUCAUCGUCAUCAUUGUCAUCAGCAGCAACAACCACCACCACAACAACCACCACCACAACAGCAACAGCAACUCAAUCAACUACACCACCACCACCACCAGUUACAUCUACACCAUCAUCACCAACUCAACAACAAACCAAUGAAUAUACAACCAGAUCACAAUUAUUAGAAGACUUUAGAAACUUAAAGAUGAAAUUAGAAUUAAGUGAUAUUAAAGGUCAUAUCGCAGAAUUUAGUAAAGAUCAAGUUGGUUCAAGAAUCAUUCAACAAAAGAUCGAAAAUGCAAGUCUUGAAGAGAAACAAUUGGUAUUUGAUGAAGUUGUUGUUGCUGUACACUCUUUAAUGACCGACGUAUUUGGUAACUAUGUUUUACAAAAGUUUUUCGAGCAUGGUACAACCGAACAAAAACGUAUCCUUGCCGAUAAACUUAGUGGUCAUAUACUCUCACUUACACUUCAAAUGUAUGGUUGUCGUGUCAUUCAAAAGGCAAUUGAAUCCAUUGAAUUGGAUAAACAAAUCCUUUUAAUCGGUGAAUUGAAUGGUCAUAUCGUUCAAUGUGUUACCGAUCAAAAUGGUAAUCAUGUCAUUCAAAAGUGUAUCGAAAAGAUUCCAACACAUUUGAUUCAAUUCAUCAUUGAUUCCUUCCAUGGCCACAUCUAUCAAUUGGCAACUCAUCCAUAUGGCUGUCGUGUAAUUCAAAGAAUCUUGGAACAUUGUGCCGAAAAACAAGUGGCUCCAAUCCUUGAUGAAUUAAUGCGUUGUGCCGUUUCAUUGGUUCAAGAUCAAUAUGGUAACUAUGUCAUCCAACACGUAUUGGAGAAUGGAACACCACGUGAUAAGAGUGCAAUCGUAUGCAAACUUCAAGGUCAAAUCUAUAAUCUUAGUCAACACAAGUUUGCAAGUAAUGUCAUUGAAAAAUGUGUUCAACAUGGAUGUACAGCCGAGAGAAUCCUCAUCAUCAAUGAGAUAUUGGGUGAUGCAAACUCUCCAAAUUCUUCAAAUGUUUUACUCAAAAUCUUAAAGGAUCCAUACGCAAACUAUGUUAUUCAAAAGAUUUUAGAUAUUGUUGAACCUGCUCAACGUGAUAUGAUCAUCAAUCGUAUUCAACCAUUUGUUCCAACUCUUAAAAAAGUCACUCCUGGAAAACAUAUCAUUUCAAGAAUUGAAAAAUAUUCUGCAAAUAAUAAUUAA